CGGCGCGGUCGUCGCGGUGCGGUUGCUCGGUGUGCGGACCGUGGGGCAGCCAGCGGUGGUCAGAGUGUGUCAGUCGGUUGGCAAGUCUCGCGGCGUUCCGGGUUAUUCGUGUAUGACUCAGCAACGAGCGAGCCGAUAGCGCGAGCGAAUCCGCUGUGGGUUUUACGAGGGUGGUGAGGUGGUGGUUGGUGUGUUAACGGCGGUGGUGGCGGUGCUGUUGCUGCUACUCCUUAUCGUCGGCGGAUCCGAGUCGUCUGCUGAUCUGGCGCGCUGACUGGUCCAUGUGCUCUUCUGCCUAAAAUGCUUAUCAAAGAAUUCCGUGUCACUCUGCCCCUCACAGUGGAAGAGUAUCAAGUAGCUCAACUGUACUCUGUAGCAGAGGCUAGUAAAAAUAACACGGGUGGCGGAGAAGGCAUUGAAGUAUUGAAGAAUGAGCCAUUCACAGAUUACCCGCUACUCGGAGGAAAGUACUCGUCAGGCCAAUACACAUACAAGAUUUAUCACUUAGCUAGCAAAGUGCCUGCUUUCAUUCGCAUUUUAUUGCCAAAGAACUCACUAGAGAUCCAUGAAGAGGCUUGGAACGCUUAUCCCUAUUGUAAAACAGUCAUAACUAAUCCAGGAUAUAUGAAGGAUAAUUUUGUGAUCAUGAUAGAAUCCUUUCAUAUUGGCGAUGUUGGCAAUCAGCAUAAUGUUCACGAAUUACCGCCCGAUAAGCUCAAGAUUAGAGAGGUAGUACACAUAGAUAUUGCAAAUGACCCGGUCGCCAGUGCCGAUCAUAAGGAGGACGAGGAUCCGACCAAAUUCAAGUCUCAGAAGACGGGACGAGGUCCUCUCGUAGGAAAGGAUUGGAAACAUAAUGUUCAGCCUGUGAUGACAUGCUACAAGCUAGUCACUUGUGAAUUCAAAUGGUUUGGUCUGCAGACCCGUGUUGAAGGGUUCAUUCAGAAAGCAGAACGGCGCCUGUUCACCAAUUUUCAUAGGCAAGUGUUCUGCUGGAUGGAUCGCUGGCAUGGUUUAACCAUGGAGGAUAUUAGAGCUAUUGAAGACAAUACAAAAGAAGAAUUAGACAGGCAAAGACAUCAAGGAGAAGUGCGGGGUAUGCGCGCUGAUGAUUGAGACUAUGAUAGCUUCUGUUAUGAAUGGUUAAAUCAAUUUCCUUAUACAUGUCAACACAAAUACAUACGCAUACUUACAGAUGUACACCCUGUUACGCUCUGUCAUAGACGAUUCCACAGGAUUCGGACAAUUUCCAGAAUUUACGUGUCUAGAUUCAGUGUCUAUUACAGAAAAAAUUACUUACAAUUUUAAUUUAUUUUACAUUUACAAGCGUUUUAGAUAAAUAUAUCUAUAAUUAUUAUUAUUAUUAUUAUUAUAUUAUUUUUAUUAUUAUGUAUCUAUUAUUAUGAAAGAAAGAAAAAUGAAAAGAAUCAGAUCAUCUGGUUCUCAUUUAAUGCAUAAUUAUAAAGAAAGAAAAUUUGGUUUCAUAAAAACCACUAUAGAUAAAAAGUUACAAUUACUUAAAAGCAGUUAGUAGUUCGAUAAUAAUAGUUAUUAAAAUUCAUUAACAAACGAAAAAAAAUGUUUGCUGCAAAGUACAUAAAAAUAACAAAGAAAAUAUGUGAUUUAACUUUGCAAGUUUGAUCGUAGUUAAAUAGUUAAAAAAAAAUCCACUGUUUAAUAUAUAUAUAUAUAUAUAUAUAUUAAUGUACAAUUGAAAAAAUCUAAAUGUUACAUAUUAAUGAUCCAUAUUUCGAGCUAUUAUUAUUUCAGACAGAAAUGUGAUCGUGUAUUUUCGGAAGAGAUUUCGAGAGUAUUUUAUCAAACUUGCGAAAGUAUAUGUGCGAUCAGGAAAUUGAUUCACACAAAAAUAUGUUUCAAGGAUUUUAAAUAUGCUCCUACAGCGGAAUUCUUGAUCCGUGGGAUCUUUGAUCACACGAAAUACGGUACUACUAUUAAUACCGAUUUAUAUAACAUUCUGUUUUUCCACGUUCGUUCUCGACUAGCGCGAGACGUGUAAUGUAUUAAUCUUCUAAAAAGUUAGAACCAAACUGAUGGAUUUUUUAAGUAUACUGCGACUCUAACAGUAAUAUUAACAUUAUACCCUAAAUUAUUUAAUGUGAAUGGAGAAAAGGUGAUGUAUUCUAUGUAAAAUGCUCACACCAGAUAUACAUAUACACACAUAUGUAGAGAAGCAGUUUUAGGCUAUUUCAAUAUUGGUGACAACGGGUGAACAGCAUGAAAGGGUGCGUUAUUGUAUAUAAAAAGAAAGAAAAAAAAAA